AUGGAUAACGAGGAUGAGGAGGAGGAGGAGCAUCACCGGCAUUCUUGGUCUAAGGACUCUCCUUCGGAUCAAGUCUGUGACGAAACCUUCGUCCUCCGCGACCGAGACGCCGAAGAAAUCCUACCCUACGAUGCAGACAACUCGCCCUUCCCCGAAGUGCGCGCGGUCAUUCAACCGGUCGAUGAUCUAUCAUUGCCGGUGAAUACGGUCCGCAUGUGGACCAUUGGUCUUGUUUUCACGAUUAUCGGCAGCGGGUUGAACCAAUUCUUCAGCCUACGGCAACCUAGCGUCACUAUCAGUGCUCUGGUAGCGCAGUUACUGGCCUUCCCCUUGGGUUGCGCGUGGGCGAAAUUGAUGCCCGUAGGUGCCCUGAAUCCAGACCGGCACUUUAAUAUCAAAGAGCAUGGGUUGAUCACGAUCAUGGCCAAUGUCUCCAUCGGCUCGGCUCAGGCCACGCAAGUCAUCGAGGCGGUCGUCAAAUUCUAUGGCAUGCCGUCCAACGGUGGAUUUGAGGUGCUCUUGUGCAUCACUACCCAGCUGUUCGGGUUCGGACUCGCCGGCUUGGCUGCUCGUUGGCUCGUCAGUCCGGCGUCAAUGCUCUGGCCGCAGGUGCUGUCCAAUGCGGCACUCCUGACGACUCUCCAUUCCCGUGAAAAUGUCAUUGCGGAUGGCUGGCAGAUCACGCGCUUGCGUUUCUUUCUCCUCGUGUUUGUUGGAGGCGCUAUCUGGUACUUCGCUCCCGGAUAUCUCUUCACUGGCCUCAGUACCUUCAGUUUCAUCUGCUGGAUCGUCCCGUCCAACGUGGUCGUGAAUCAGUUAUUUGGCCAGACGACGGGGCUGGGAAUGUCGGUCUUGACCUUUGACUGGGCCCAAGUCGUCUACGCCAAUCAGAGCCCCCUAUUGGUGCCAUUCUGGGCCGGGCUCAAUGUAAUGGGGUCGUUUGCCCUGUUCUUCUGGCUGAUCUGCCCUCUCAUCUACUACAGCAAUACGUGGUACUCGGCCUACUUGCCGCUUCUCAACUCGAACACCUUUGACAACACUGCCAGGCAGUACGACACUGCUCGUAUCAUGAACACCGAUGGCACCGUAAACCAGACCGCCUAUAGGGACUAUUCGCCCAUGUUCUUACCGGCUGGAUAUGCGAUUACGUUCGGUGUCGCUUUUGCCAAUCUAACGGGUAUUUUUGUCCACAUUGGACUCUACCAUGGCCGGGAUUUAUGGCAGCAGUGGAAAGGAACGGGAAAACGAGACGUCCACGCUCGACUGAUGUCUGUCUAUCGGAAUGUUCCCUGGUGGUGGUUUAUCGCUGUCACCCUGUUGACAUUCGUGCUCAGCAUUGUCACGAAUGAGGUUUGGCAUACUGGGCUACCGGCUUGGGCGGUGCUAGUGGCCUUCUUGUUGCCCAUGAUCUACUUCAUUCCGGUGGGAAUCAUCAAGGCCCUCACCAAUAUCAGCAGCAAUCAGUUGAAUUUGAUGACGGAGUUCAUCGGUGGCUAUGUCUUUCUCGGGCGACCUGUGGCCAAUAUGGUCUUCAAAUUCUACGGCUACGUUGCCGUUCAGCAAGGAUUGGAAUUCGUCGCCGAUAUGAAGUUGGCGCAUUACUUGCAUAUUGCUCCGCGGACUCUAUUUGCUGCCCAAGGUCUCGCCACGCUAGUCGGUGCAGUUGUUCAAUGCGGAGUGACAGUCUUCAUGAUCACCCGAAUCGGCGGUGUUUGUACAUCCAAUGCCGAGGGCAACUUUACUUGUCCGCAUGGACGAGUCACUUACUCGUCGUCUCUCAUCUGGGGUGCCGUUGGUCCCGGUCGGCUCUUUUCCCCCGGUCAGACGUAUGGAAACUUGUUAUGGUUCUUCCUCGUGGGUCCGGUGGUGGUACUCAUCACUUACCUCCUCGGUCGCCGGUGGAAACGCAUUAACUACCUAUCAUGGCCUGUGGCUUUUGGGGCGAUGAGCCUGGUUCCUCCAGCUACAGGUGUGAGCUUUUCCUCGUGGUGGGUGAUCAAUGUCAUAUUCAAUGGCUUAAUACGCCGCCGGAAGCCUGCGUGGUGGUCCAAGUACAACUAUGUAUUAUCCGCUGCGCUCGACUGUGGCGUCGCCGUUUCGACCGUGAUCAUAUUUUUCUGCAUCACCCUACCCGCUGGUUCCUUGAGCUGGUGGGGCAACACCGUGUAUAUUCAAACAGCCGAUGGGCAAGGCACACCGUAUAAAGAUCUUCCCGCCCGGGGCUACUUCGGACCUCCGAAAGGUACGUGGCAAUGA